AUGCCUGUACAAGCUCCACAAUGGACAGAGUUCUUGCUGUGUCCUAUAUGCACCCAGACGUUCGAGGAGACGGUGCGCCGGCCCAUCAGUCUGGGGUGCGGCCAUACCGUCUGCAAGAUGUGCCUGAACAAGCUGCACCGAAAGGCCUGUCCCUUCGACCAGACGGCCAUCAACACCGACAUCGAGCAGCUUCCUGUCAACUCGGCCCUGCUGCAGCUGGUCGGGGGUCAGGUGCCCAAACUGCAGCCUGUGGCACUGAUUACUAGUCCAGAGGACACCAAGCAUUACGAUGAGGCCCGACAGUGUGUGGAAGAACUGGCCCUUUACCUCAAACCCCUGAGCAGUGCGAGAGGCGUGGGGCUGAGUAAUGCAGCUCAGAGCAUGCUCAGUCGGCCCAUGCAGAGGAAGCUGGUGACUCUGGUGCACUGUCAGCUGGUAGAAGAGGAAGGUCGGGUACGGGCAAUGCGGGCGGCCCGCUCCCUGGGCGAGCGCACUGUCACCGAGCUCAUACUGCAGCACCAGAACCCCCAGCAGCUCUCCUCCAACCUUUGGGCUGCUGUUAGGGCCAGAGGCUGCCAGUUCCUAGGUCCUGCCAUGCAGGAGGAGGCCCUGAAGCUGGUGCUGCUUGCUCUGGAGGACGGUUCUGCUCUGUCCAGGAAGGUUCUGGUGCUUUUUGUGGUGCAGCGUCUGGAGCCCAGAUUCCCCCAGGCCUCCAAAACCAGUAUUGGGCAUGUGGUUCAGCUCCUUUAUCGUGCCUCUUGCUUUAAGGUGACCAAGCGAGAUGAGGACUCCUCACUGAUGCAGCUGAAAGAAGAGUUCCGCACAUAUGAGGCUUUACGGAGGGAGCACGACUCGCAGAUUGUCCAGAUUGCCAUGGAAGGAGGCCUACGCAUUGCCCCUGACCAGUGGUCUUCCCUUCUCUAUGGAGACCAGUCCCACAAGUCCCACAUGCAGUCCAUCAUAGACAAGUUGCAGACGCCUGCAUCGUUUGCACAGAGUGUACAAGAACUGACUAUAGCUCUGCAGAGAACAGGUGAUCCUGCCAACCUGAACCGGCUUAGACCUCACCUAGAGCUGCUGGCCAACAUCGACCCCAGUCCAGAUGCCCCCCCUCCCACUUGGGAGCAACUGGAGAAGGGGCUGGUGGCGGUAAAGACGGUGGUGCAUGGCCUGGUGGACUUCAUCCAGAACCACAGCAAGAAGGGUGCCGACCAGCAGCAGCCUCCUCAGCACAGCAAGUACAAGACCUACAUGUGCCGUGAUAUGAAACAAAAAGGGGGCUGCCCCCGAGGGGCCAGUUGUACCUUUGCCCACUCACAGGAAGAACUGGAGAAAUACCGUAAAAUGAAUAAGCGCCUGGCUCCGAGGCUGCCGUGUGGUCCUGGUUUGCUGCCUGAUGAAGGGGUCUCUCUAGAGGGCGUCACCCGUAAGCCCUCCCCGCUCACUAAUGGCAUCGUGGCUGCCUGCCCUGGGACCCCAGUGCCACCACUUUUGAGCCGUGGACCAGAGCCGUCCCCAUACGAGCUCUUGCGUAAGCCCAAGGUGGACGCAGGCAGCCUGAGCGCACCUGGCUCUCCCCCCGACACUUUGGAUAAAGCUGGCCUGCCCCUGCCAUCCCACACCGUAGCCCACGGCAGGGGUGAGCACUUGCCUAUGCCCAAGCAAAUGCCCGGCAUGCCCCGUGGGGCACCACCCAUGUACCCCCAGCAACAGGCUGAGCUUUUCUACUCUGAGGCUAGAGCACCCUCAGGAUCUCAGUAUGAUGCACAAUACUCUGCGGGUUACCCCUACCAGCACACCCAAUACGUCCCACCCCGUUAUAUCCGUAAUCCUCCUCCCCCAGGGGAGUCUGCUAUGGCCCCGUAUCAGGACCCUUACCCUGGAUACGGCCCAGAGCGGCAGUAUCCGGGCCCCCACUCAGGCCCCCCUUUCUCAGCCGUCAACCCCCAUCCCUAUCCUCCGCCCUCUCACUAUGACAGCCGUCGCCAUGGCCCCUACGCUGGACCCCCACCUCCUCCGCCAUCCUUUGCACCUCCUAGAGAUGAGCUCGUUCGAAUGAGCCCUGUACCCCUGGACGUCCCUCCUGCUGCACUGCCUCCCCCCACGUCCGGGGUGGCUGGUUCCCUCUAUCACCCUGAGUCUUCAUCACGGGAGAGGUAUCCACCUGAGGGCUACUACCCACCCGUGCCACAUCCUGGUCAGAUGAGGUCCCAUGUCAGGGAUCCGUACAGCCGCUCCCAGCCCAGCCUGGACUAUCUGCACCGCAGGCGUAAAGAGUUGCUAAACCAGCUGGAGGAGAGGAAAGUUAUCUCUCCUCCGCCCUUUGCUGCCUCUCCCACUCUUCCCUCUCAUGCCUUCCCAAGUGACUACCCGCAAGAGUACAUAGAAGAUGGCUCUAAAGCUUUUGGAACCAGGGAACCGGACUAUGCCGGACAGUACUCCCCAUGGUCGUGUGACACUAUAGGGUCAUACAUCGGCUCCAAAGACCCAAAACCGAAAGAUGCCAUGUCAGCUGGUGCUGUGGAAAUGAUGAAUAUGGAAGGAAAGAGUCUGCGCGAACCACCUCUGGAUGCCCAGCGCCGUUCUGCAGAAGCCAAAGACGACGACCCCAUCAUCCCAUUCGGCCCUCUGCCCACAGUAUCCCCUUUCGGGGCCAUCUCCCGCACCUCCAAAACAGGCUACCAGACCACCGGCCCAGUGCAGGCCAUGGCUUCUUCUCAGGCUGCUGGCUCCAAACACAUGACUAUGGCAGCUGAGUACUCCUAUGGGAAUCCAGGAGGCUGGAGCAGUGUUUCCUACCCACAGCACCAGAGUAUGGCCUCCCCGGGACACUUCAGUGAACGAGAGCAGCUGAAGAUCGAGCUCCAGCAGGUCAACCAACAGAUCAGUCAGCAGACGCAGAUCCGUGGCAUGGAGGCUGCCAGUAACUCCAUGCUUCUGCAGAGAGAGGCCAGCGCUCUGGCUGCCCAGCCUCCUACUACUAAAUGGGCUACGGGAGGCGCAGUAUCCAGCGAGCAGCUCAGUCUAGAGCUCCACCAUGUAGAGCGGGAGAUUGGAAAGAGGACCCGUGAAAUCGCCAUGGAAAACCAGGUGGCACAUGAAGUCCAGUUCAAGUUGAAAGCCACUGAAAAUGGGCAACCUGACCAUAAAGCCCAACUGGAGGAACUCUCCUUAGCACUAGGGGAGGUCUCGAACGGAGCGAGCAGCAUAGUGCCGGCCAGCAGCGUGGGCAGUUCUAUGCUGUCUUUGACCAGUAAAACAUCAUCACUCUCCCUUUGCUCUGGGGACCAAGCAGCAAGUGGUGCAGAGCUUCAGAAGAAUGGUGUUGUUCACUCUUGCUCUUAAGAGUGCACAACCCUCCCCCAACCACACACACACACACACACACACACACACACACACACACACACACACACACACACCUGUACUUGAGAUUCAGUAAUUGUUGUUAUUGACCAGCUGUGGAAAGAGUUAGCAAUUUGAAGAGAUCAGAGAUCAGAAACUCUUUAAAUUUGUGGAUGGAACACCUCGACACACACACACACACACACACACACACCUCUGCAUGCUGUUACAUGCAUGCACAAACACAAACUUCUCUUUGUUUUAUCUAGAAAAAUGAGCAGUAUCUGCCGUGAUAUGAAUUUUCUUUCUUUUUGUUCUGUGAAUGAGCUUUUCGUUUUUAAAAUGACUUCUCAUCGCCUGGAAACCAGGGCAUCUGAUUACGCUUUUCUUUUCUUUUUUUUUCCACCUCCUCUUUAUUCCCUUGGCGUAUAUAUUUAACUACCACCGAUAAACCCAAAGCAAGCAUGAAAAACAAAGGAUAAAACAAACGUGAAGAUUGGCGGCAUAGGAAAAGAGAACGAAGCCGAUUCUGUAGCACCUGGGCUCUUUCUCUUGACGGGCGGCUGCAGUCGGGAGGCGUCGUGGUGUACGUACGGCAUGAGGAUCCUUGUGCAGUUGGCCUGUGUUAAAACGCUUAACUCCCUUUUCCAAAAACAAAUCUGUGCAGCCUUGAAUAUGAUCUUACUGACCGGGCACAAAGUAGCAUGGAGAGCCUUUUUAUCAAUCCAUUUUGUAUGGACCAUUACUACAGGUUUCCCCACAAGGUACAGCGCAAGCGUGGCAGUGCAUCGCCAUGAGACGAAAGAAGCUUCGAGCUCCAGCUCCGGCGGGAACACGAGGGUUAAAAGAUGAGCAAUCAAUUGUAAGAUUUCGUUUAAUUUAUGGUUUGGCUAUAGAACUGUUCUGAAUUUGUCAGUGGUAAUGUGUGUCUAAAGCGUUCUGUUUUAUAGAAUGCGUACAAAUGUUUAAAAAAAAAAAAAAAAAAAGGAGCACUUUUUCCAUGUUUUUUCUAUGAGUGCUUUUUUUUUUAUUAGAUGAGGAAGAACGACCCAGAUCCUCGUGUUCCUCAAGGUUGGAGCUCAGUGGUUUAGAAUGGGGGGGAAAAAAUAAUUGUUUUUUUUCUUCCCAGCGCCGCUUCCGUUUCAUGCGAUUGCAGCCUAUUCGGUAAUUCUCGUCAAUUCUCCCUAACUUCUGUGAAGUUGCUUAUUUGGGCUUCCCGGUCACAUCUACAUAUUCGGGUUAGCCGCUGCACAGAAACCCGUAGUAGGAGAUGUCGUUUCAACAACAGCAGGCCUCGGACGGUGGGACGGUCAAGAGAAAUUUCAGAUACACUGGAGAAAACACCCAGACCUGAUUACCAGACACAGGUGUUGUUUAGAUUAAACAAGAUCACCUAAUCAGCGUCAUCGGAAAGCGAUUAGGCUUGUAAAAUAGCUCUUUGUAUCCUCACUUGAUUUAUUUUUCGAAUCGACUCUCCAUGGAGACAUUUAUUCAGCUUAUACCUGUAUCACCUCGCUUUGACCUAAUGUGUGUUUUUGCACAUAAUAUAUUCACUGACUAUUUAAACAAAGAAAAACCGAAAAAAAAAAUCUAACAAAAGAUGCCCCAGAAAACGGAAAGAUCAAGAAGCGGACAAGCUCUGAAGUCUUCCUAUAGUGAUGACAUUCUUCACGUGUGAGAUUUUGUUCUAGUCUCUUGAGACCGACUAUGAUAUUAAGCUCCAAUUUUGGGUGCAGCCUCUUAAUGUGUAAAACAAUUUUUUUUGUGCUAUAGCUGUCGUGUUAUAGUUCAUUUCUAUUACGAUGACUUGUCUUGGUCUUUUUUUUGUUUUGUUUUUGUUCUUGCUCGAGAAGAGCAUGCAGCCUUUUGAAGCAAUCGUCAAGAUUGGACUCGAGCUUAUGUGGACAUGCAGAGAUGAACAACCUUAACGAGGUUCGGAGGGUCUAGUGAUGUUCUAGUCAUACUUGACAAGCACUUUCUCGCCGUAGCUGCGUCGUCAUCUUUCGAUGCGGAAUUCUUGCCGCUCCUUGAUUGGAAAAAAAACUGAAUUCUUCAAACACAAAAGCUUCUUUCCUGAUGGAAAUUGCGAACUGCUUUUGACCUGGAGGUCAUUUUGCAUGAUGCAAAUUAAUCGAGUUGGGCUGAGCUCUUGAAAUUACCCUAACUUCCAUCGUGACAGUGACCCAGGACGAGGUCUACAUCUUGCCCGCCGGCUUUGCUCUUUGCAUCAAGGCUUCGCAGUAGAUGCCUUUUACAUGGCGUUCAACCUCCAACCACUUGGUAAACGCAUCUACGACUUUGUAACCGAAUCUGCUUCUCUUGCUGCAAAUGCUGAGCUUCUCAUUUUAUGGCCCACUGUAACGGGAGGACGUCUCAUGUCCACGGAAUUCAUUUUGUGUUGAAAGCUGAGACAGCUAAGGAGGUAGAAACCUCAAAAGAACCCUGCUUAGAACAUCUGCUGGAAUGCGAAAGCUGGCUACUCUUAAGUUCGAAGAGCUGAUCUUUUCAACUCCGCUAAGCUUUGUUUUCUACCUACUAUGAGAAUAAAAAUGAAAUAUAUUAACUUGCAUGGCUGCUCCUGACUGCACGCAGUAUUCCUCACUGCAGUCAGGUCAAGUCUUUCAACCGAUUUUGCCAAAAUUGAAACCACUGGAGCUCACCCUAAGGCCGCUCCGGUCGCCAUUAGCAUUGGGUUUUGCUUGGCUUGGCUUGGCUUGGCUGCUGUUCAGGCGACACGACUAGCAUGAUGAGCGUUAACCUGUUUUGCAAUGCUAAUUGCAGCUAAAAACGGUUAAAACUAUCCAGAGCAUGCCACAUUGACAGCGUUUAGCAGGGUUUUUUUGUUUUUUUGUGUGCAUGUAGCGCCCCUAGGACUGUGCCACGGUCAGCAUUUCGACACUGGCACACGGCUAGGAUGAUCGUUUUAUUUUAACCUCUGGAAUAUAUGGGAAUGUGCUAUAUGUAUUUAAUAUUUGUCAGUGAAUUGGCACUUGCUUGGGUGCCUAGUUUUUUUUUUUUUUGUUUUGUUUGUUUUUACCCUCCCCUUUGUUUUGUUAAUAAUCAGUGAUCUCACUGAGGUAAUAACUUUUGCUUGGAUUUUUUUAUUUUAAUUUUUUUCCAAAUGAAAUCAUGUUGCCCAUCCACAUAUAGCCACUAAAAAGGCCUAAGACUCAUUUACAUCUUUAAAGCUUUGUGCAUGUUAUUUUUCUUAUUUUUUUUUUCUUCUUUUUUUCUGUUCUCCCCCCAGCAGAGAAGUCACAGUGAAAUGUGAUUUUCUUUGAGAAUGGGUCUGUUCCUAAUGGAUGAUAUUCAUUUCUCUACCUGGAUUGUGUCUGUUUUGAGCGGACCUGUAGCAUUCAUUUAAAUGAAAAGGCAAAUUAACUCAUUUUUGAACCUUAACACUGUUAUGGCUGUGUCGAUUUUCUUUUUAUUCCUAACUUUUUUGGGAAAUGUAAUGGCUUUUUUAUGAUUACUUCCAAGUCGUCUUGUAAAAUCUCUUAAAUUAAGGUACAGGCUUGAUUUCAACAAGGAAAGGUUUUAUAUAUAAAUAUAGAUUAUACUCCAUUAAGGAAUGUUUAGAACCAUCUUACUCCAAUGUGGAUGUAGCCAUUAUUACGCCAUUUUAUGACUUUGUAAAACAAUUCACUGUGUGAAAAUUGGUUUGCAUUUUUUGUAUAAUACAAUCUGCUUUUUUGUUCGUUUGAGAGGUGAAACUGGAAGUUGGACGAGGAAUUAAAAAGAAAACCCUGUGAUAUUAAAGAAAAAUGUAACGUGUGUACAACAGUGAUUCUAAAUGAGAGGGACGGAUUAAAUAUUGACACUUAA